UUAACCAUGAACCCAAAACCGAGCCAAGCUCAGGAAAACAGCUGUGCAUUUAAAUAAUAAACUUGUUGAUGCAGAGGAAAACAUGAUACAUCACUGAAAACCAAUUAUUUUAGAUGGAAAAAACAUAGGCUACCAUGCAAUGCCCAGCAUUAAAUUAGGUUACAGCUAUCUUCCAUCAUUCUAUUGAUCUUUUUUCGACAUGAUUACUUUAAACAUGAUCUAUUAGCCUAGAUUUUUUUUUUUUUUUUUUUUUUUUUUUGGUACAAUACACAAUAGCGACCAUUGGCUUCGUAUGGUCUUAAAUCUAAACCCAAUGUUACUUUCAGAGCUAUUACAGUCUAGGGCGGGGCUUUGGUGCUUUACUUUUUUGUUUUGUUCAGUUUUUUUUCCUCCCCUCUCCCUGAAAGCUUGUCGGAUGCUUGUCAGUUCGCAUUUAGCUUACCAUUAUCAAGGCUCAAAGCCUUUGGAGGACGACGGACUGCGAUUUACAGGGAAUUUUUGGAUAACGGUCCUGUUGAAUUGGGAUCUUCACUAUACGGGGAUAAGGAAUAGGCUAUGCGAAUGAAGCGUUUGAAAAGCAGUAAAGGAUGUUCGUGCUUCCUAAAGAACGUGCAUGACUGAUCUUUCAUGAGGACACUUAAUAAAUAAAAACAUAUGGAUUUGUGUGUGUAUCAGCUGUGUUGGGCGUGCAUAAUGCCCAGUGUCUAGUGGAGGGCUUGGCACAUGAGUGAGCUGGCAUCAGCGGGCAGAGAGAGAGACAGAGAGAGCUAAGCAGGGCACAGCUUUGGCACAAGAGAGCACAACAAGUGAUGGCAGUGUGUAUCUUCCUGUUCAACGUUCCAACAGGAACAGGUGACCAGAAUGAAGCAAACCUUCAGCUGUUAAGAUGAUUCAUAGGAGAAAAAACUCCAGACAUAUUCCAGACAAAAGCAACACUGUCAACACAGAAUUACCAACAAUGACACGUCUGACAAAGAGAACUUUUACCCAGACCGAAUGACUACAGGCGAGACAGACUUAAUAGGAUCUAAUAAAUUGGACAACAGAUAGCAGCAUAGUGGAAUAUUCAAGCCUUGAGAUGGAGGUGGAAAGGCCGGAAGUCGCAGAGCAAGAGACCUUCUCCAAGGGUGGACAGGACAACCCCGAUGGCAAGAAGAUCCGGGGUCAUACUUGUGAACUCUGUGGAAGAAGUUUUCCUUUCCUCAGCUCUUUGUCCCAGCACAUGAGAAAGCACACUGGGGAGAAACCAUACAAGUGUCCUCACUGUGAUCACCGCUCAGCUCAGAAGGGUAGCUUAAAGGCACACAUUCGCAGUCACAAACUGGACGGCCUCAGCCAGAGCACUGGCGGCGAGGAGGAAGAUGUGGAUGAGGAAGGGGAAAAAGAAGGAGGGGUGCCAGAAGAUCAAGGUGGUUGCUCCAGUCCUACUGAGAGUACCUCAGCCUGCAACAAGGUUGUGAGUGGUGAAGAGGCGACCAAAACGAGGAAGAAAGGUGGGAAGAAGGAAAGAAUCUCUGGUGAGAAUGGCAAACAGUCAUUGCAGUGCUCUUUGUGCAGGAAAAGAGUGUCAAGUCAGGCAGAGCUUGAACAGCAUAUGCAGGAGCUUCACAAGGUCUUCCAAUGUGAACUGUGCCCUUAUGAGACCUUGCAGGAGGACCAACUGCAGGCUCACGUUGAAAAGGUACAUCCUAUUGAGGAGGAAUCUAUCACCAAAGAAGUCUCUACCAGCGAGGAAGCUGACGGUGAACUUAGUAAAGGCGAGUUCCCAUGUGAACAAUGUGACCAAGUGUUCACCCAAGCCUGGUUUCUGAAAGCUCACAUGAAGAAGCAUCAGAAUAGUCUGGAUCAUGGGUGCCGGAUCUGUGGACGCCGUUUCCGUGAGCCCUGGUUCCUACGUAGCCACAUGAAGACUCAUAACACCAAGGUAAAACCAAAGAGUGACUCUUACCUUCCAGCUACUGUUAACGAGGUGGCGCAGGAUGAGUCCAACUUGGUGAAUGAAGUGUGUCUGUAUGAACUCUGUGCCAAGUGUGGUAACUUCUUCCAUGACCGCCAGAGCCUGCAACUGCACGAGCAGGUCCACAGAAAUGUUGAGCAGCCUCCUAACAAUACCUUAUGCAGUGAUAAGGACUUCACAUCUGCCACCAAGACAAGCUUCUUGGAAUGCCUAAACUUGAAACCAGCAGGAAAGGAAGAGAACCCCAUUGAGGGAACUCUAGGGAAAAGAAUCCCAGAGCUUGAUCCAGUAAGUAGCUACCAGGCUUGGCAACUGGUCACCAGAGGCAAACUGGUGGAGGUAUCUGAGAAGAGCCUGGGUUGGGAAGAGAGGUUAGCCGAUGCAGAUGUAGCAUAUGACAGAGAAAAGGGCGAGUACGUCUUGACAAGACAGGACAAGCGGAAGAAAUCACUCAAUUCCACUGUGAGUAUCCCAACCAAGAAACGGAGAGGGGCUGGAACCCAAGGCUCCAACACAGAUCAGCACAGCAAUGGAGAAAGGAACAACCAGGUCUUGACAGGUGAGCGAAGUCCAGAGAAUCUGAGUGACUCAGAGUACCGGCCUACUUCUCGCCCUAGCCGUAAGAAUUCCCAGAAAACCUCAGAGUGCUUGGAGUGCGGAAAGGGCUUCCGCACACAGCAACAGAUGGUGAUCCACAUGCUCAUCAGACAUGGUGGCUUGGGUGAAACCAUUGGUGGAAAUGGACUGUUCCGUAAAGCAGCGUCCAGCCCAUCUAAAGCAGGGGAAUCAGCAGGACACUUCAGGGAUCAAAAGCGGACAGGGUUCUUUGGGGACACAGAUAAAAAGCCAUACACCUGUGAGCACUGUGACUUUUGCACCUCGGAGCCCUCGGCCAUCGCUGCCCACGUCCAAACGCAUCAUUUGGCGAUUAGGGACUGGGGCCAGAGGAGUGAUGCCUUAACCAGCUCACUCAGCCAAAGCCAAACUCACCAAACGAGCCACACGGGCUUCCCGAGGCUGAGAAAUGCCCUGCUGCAGCAGCCCUACUGGCCCUACACCACCUCAACUCACCUGGAGAGGGCAGCACUGAGCGACACCGCUUCAAAGACGGAGGAUGAAAAGAGCAAGGGUUUGGAAGAAAGUAGCUCCACAGAUAAAGUGGAAGCUAAUCUGCUUAAUCUCUCCAUGGAGGUGGAUAACGGAAAAGAAGGGGUUUCUUCUACAUUAUUGAACAGUUUGGUUAGACACCAGUGUCCUUAUUGCUCUUAUGCAACACUGUAUCCAGAAGUUCUCUGGAUCCACCAACGAAUUGCACACAAAGUUGACAGCACUACGUUGGUGCCUAAGUGGGCCCCAAGAAAUGGCCUCAAGGGGCCAAAAACGCUUCUCGAUUUCAAGAGACGCACUGGGCCACCUCCAUUUCUGGAGGGUAAGGACUGCCCCUCUCUGCCACAGAUGAGAACUUCCCGAACGAGUCCACCUGACUGCAGCCCUGGAGGGACAAAGAAAUCAAAACCUCAGACAAGUAGCGUAGAGUCCAGCUCUUCGCAAAGCAAGAGCUGGCACGCGGCCACAGCACCAGGGGCGCCAUCUCACUCGUCCAAACACAAGACCAGCAAGUCCAGGAUGGAUGAGUUGGCAAGCAGUAAACACAAAGCAGACGUCCAUCAAAACAGCUCAUCACGGCCCACGGCAAGUCCUCAGAAGACUGGAACCCCAAAGACGGGAAGCAGAGUGAUGGAGAGUAGUCUGCUACCUCAAGAAGGACUUCAUUUUAUGCUCUCUAGCAAACACAACCUCUCAGAUCAGAGGAGCUCCAAAGCCCAUGCUCCUCAGACCCCCGGCAGGUCUGACUCUCAAGCUCAGGAUACACCGUCCGUGGCUGGGUAUGACCCCUGGAGCAGACUUAACUCGAGCGGCCCAUCCUCUCACUCCCAGUCCAAGAGACAGUCAAAGGCUGACGGUCCAGAAGCUGUGACGGACAUCCUGAGUUUCUUGAAGAACUGCAGUCCUCACGAUUUAGCUGCCCUCUACCACCACUGGGGCUUCAGCAAUGCCAUUGCAGAGCAAGCAGGGUUGGCGAGGUCAGGGUCUCAGCAGGGGGAAUAUGUGUGUCCGGUGUGCAGGAAGAGCUUCAACCAGCCCAGCCAUUACCGCACACACAUGAGAUCACACACAGGUGAGCGACCUUUCCAGUGCCGAUACUGUCCUUACAGCGCCUCGCAGAAAGGUAACCUGAAGACUCAUGUCCAGACCGUGCACCGUCUAGCCUUCGACAACGCACAGUACCCGGACAGGAGACUCCGCCAAGCCCCUACCAAUGAACCUACGGACCCCUCCGGAUCUCACUGAACAUCCCCACCUCCUCACGACCAGCUUAAAUGAAGAUUGAAAUCUAUAAAAAGUCCAUCAAAAACUGUUUGACGCAAAAAUACGCCAUUCAAGGAAGACUUUGUAUAAUGUACGGCAUUGGAUUUGUUCGUGUUUUUAGUUUAGUUUGAUGGGAAGUGUUACCUUUAUAUUUUCACCCGACACAAUGCUCUAGAUUAAAAGGAAACUACGCAGAACAGACCAGCGACAUGUUUGCAACAUGUUUACACCUCCUUUACCCAGAACUUGCAAAACACUUGAGGGCUAAAGCCUUGGCAACACAAGGUCAAAGCUGAUGAAGUAUGACAGUGAGCUGCGUUCUCAAACCCAAGGACUCCAGCUGAUCCCCUAAACUUGAAAUGCUGCCUCAGAGUUCCCUGAAUGACUAGUGGUUAAAUGAAAUAGCCUUAGUCCACAACGAGUGUAGUUUGUGCGUGCGUGUGCGAUUGUGUUUUCCACAUUCUAAUUCUCAGGACUUGAGUUAGAUGAAAUUCCAAAGCCUGCAUUCAUUCACAACAGUGCAUAAUUGCACGCGAAGGAGACAUGCAGUAAAAUUCAAUACUUAGAUUUGAGUUUUGCUGAUUAUAGGCAUAUAUAAUAUAGAUGUGUGUGUGUUUUGUCACUGGUUGGACAAACACUUGGCACUAUCAUCAAAAUAUGCCCUAAACACUUUUGUAUUGUGUUAUACCUGGGAUUUAAAGUAUUUAUGUAAGCGCAGCUGUAUUGUUACAUGGGUUUCCAAUUGCGUUGAGUGUCAUUCAUAAACCAUCUUUCUGAAGAGUUUAAGGUAAAGACACAUGCCAUAUUUUGUGUUAGUGUCAUCUGAUUGGUCCAACAAAGUCAGGAAUAUUAUUUGUCUGUGCUUGUGUUUCUUUUUUUUUUUCCAUCAAAUAUGUUUGCCUCAGUGGAUUCUGAAUAAUUCUAUCUCAAAAAAGAGAAAGAAAACUGUUCAAUGGCAAUGGCACAUCAGGUCUUAAAGCCAUGUUAAAAUGCUGAAGUUUUCGAUGAAGGAUCUAUUUUAAUCUUAACAUGACGAGUUUCAAGUUGUCUGUAUAAUCAUUUAAAUUAUUACAUCAUAGAGAAACUAGUGAUUAGUGCAAGACUAGAUUGGGGGAUUUUAGUGCGUUUUAUAAUGCUACGUAUAAAGCUUUAGAAUGCCAUAUUUUUUAGAGUUUGAAAACUUAAAAGCAAAGAAAUUCUUGUCCAUAUAUUUCUAUGGAUGUUGUAUAUGGUAAUUAGGUAUUUACAGAUACAGUCCUGCACAGUUGUGUACGUUUAAUUGCAUUUAGUUAUGUACAAGAGACAAAAAUGAACAUUUAUCUAGAGCAUUUAUAUUGCCGAAGUCCUUAUGUUGGAAACUAAGCCAAGAAAACUGAUCCUACAUUACAAAUUUUGUUUUAGAAGAACCUCCCGUGUGAAUUUGUGUUGAUACUCAGCAGUCAAACUGUAACAUGUUGCAGAUUCUAAGCAGCGGCAGUGACCCAGGAACUGAGAGUUACUGAGAACAGUUCUAUCACCAAUGCCUUUGAGCAAGGCAAUAGGGACUUCAUGUUCCUGCAAUUGAUGUCUUGGAAGUUGCAUAGGAUGAAAUGUGACUGCUUAAUUGUAAUUUACUAACAGUAAAUCAUGGAAUCUUUUAAAAUUUGUCCUAGGACACAAAAAACAAAUAGCCUUUCCCGUUAGCUUUUUACUAAAUUAAAACCCCUGAGUACUAGAGCAGAAGACCUAAGAAAACUAAAUAGCAUGUUAUGAAUUCAUUUGCAAUUGGAUUGUUUUUCUUUAUGUAACACUAUUAAUUUUGUGGUUUGAAUAGAAGUAGUAGUUGAAUGUAUGGAAUGUAUUUUGUGUGGUUAAAAGUUUUCUCUUUUUUUCCCUCCACAUAUAUUUUGUUCAAUGAAGUACACAAUACCUGUCAACUGUCAUCAUCACAUCAUCUCCAUCUCAUACAUUGUCAACUGUUGAAGUUUUGAACCGCUUAAAUUAAACUUUACCCUUACCUUUGGUCUAAAUGGUGUUAAAUAUUAAAUGGUGUUAAUAUUAAUCUAGACCAAUGGUUCCCAAACCUGUCCUGGAAUAGCCUACCCCCAGCACUGCACAUUUUGUAUUUCUCCCUCAUCAAACACACCUGAUUCAACUCAUCAGCUUAUUAGUAGAGAUUGCAACAGAGAUGGGCUGUGUCCGAAAUCACCUCCUAUACCCUAAUUCACUAUUCCCAACAUUAGUCCAGUAAUAUAGUUCACUUGAGGGAGUGAAUGAAAAUGAGUGAGCGAAUUCGGACACUGAGUGCACAGCUGCCGCUUUUGCAUAGCUUGUGCUUGCUGUUUAAAAAUCAUUUAGCGCUUAGCUAACUGGCAGCUCCAGUAGUAAUGAACAAAUUUAUCUUGAACUCUGUCAUGGAAACUAUGUAUACACCGUAAUUAAACAAUUUAAUAAUCAAUUAAAAAGGAAUUUAUACCUGUAUGGUAUUAUGCAGUACCCACAUUGGACCAAAGGUUUGGAAAAUGGAUGGAUAGAUGAUACAGCUGUGGGCGUCAUCUUCUGGUGAGAUCGGGAAUUCAUACAGCGCAACCCUCAUGGUGCAUUAUGGGUGUUCUAUAGCUGUUGAGUGUACAUUUGUUGUACACUCGUUAUUGCACUCAAUGACAUCCACUAUGGUUUCGGACAUCACUACAAAUGGCUGUCUCCUCAUAUAGUGCUCUAUUUGAGGGUAUAGGGGGCGAUUUCAGACAGAGCCAUGGUAUUAUUAUUGGGUGAUACACGGGUCCGUGGCUCUACCAUUGAAGAAAGCGUAACAGCCAACCUGGAUCAUGUGUGCCUUGAUAACCAAUCACAUUACAGCAAUGACGUCAUUACAUUUGUGCGACAGUCAAUCAUUGUUUGCGGAUAACAUAGAAAUGAAUGAGAAGUGCUGUAAACUGAAUCAUACCUGUCGCUCAAUUGUCCAUGACUUCUCUUAUAAAACAGUAAUUUUCCCAGUGUAAACUCUAAAAAUAUAUCCAUCCAAAUGUUUAAGAGCAAACAUGUUGGAAGAGUAGCUGAUAGGCUGUCGAUUUGUUUAAUGAUAAGCCGUUUUCCCAAAAAAGCAGUUUAUUCAGCGUAGUGAAGCCUCUCUUCCAUUGAAAUCCAAAAUAACAGCCUCUGGUCUCCUUCCCGGCGUACCGCAGCAUUACGCUGUUUUUUGCUAACCUUGGAGGCUUGCCUUAAAGGGUUAGUUCACCCAAAAAUGAAAUUUCUGUCAUUAGGUACUCACCCUCAUGUUGUCCCAAACCCGCAAGACAAUUUGAACUGUGGUCAUGUUGACUAUUUUAACAAUGUCUUUACUACCUUUCUGGACCUCAAAAGGUGCAAUGACGUUGCUACCUAUGUGUGGAUCAGAAACCCUCGGAUUUCAUCAAAAAUAUCUUCAUUUGUGUUCCGAAGAUGAACGAAAGCCUUACAGGUUUUUUGGACGACUUGAGGGUGAGAACUUAAUGACACAAAUUUCAUUUUUGGGUGAACUAACCCUUUAAAGCAGCUUUGACUGCAAUAUGCGUCUGAGACAUACAAAUUGUGCAGUGCUGGAAGUCCUCCAGGACAAGUUUGAGAACCACUGAUCUAGACCAAUGCUUCUCAGUCAGGGGCAUGAAGCAAUCAGGACAUUGACAUUUCAUUUGUAGACGAUUUGGACUUUUUUAUGACUUAUUUUUCAUUUACUAAAGUCUUAACCAUUUGAAGUGUAUGGCUGCUCUGUUGGCGUUAAACACUAACUGUAGUAAGAGCCAAUAGCAUUUGAGUUAAAGUUGUGAAAUAACAUUCACAAAUCAAUGUUUUAACUGAAGGAGAGGGACAAUUUUGCUGACCAGUUGAAGAAGAGGAAGCAUGUACUGUAUGUAAUGCGUAAUGCCACGUGUUUACAAAAAGACAAAUGGGCAGAUAUGUGCAAAAAUGAAUGAUGACCAAAAUUAAAAUGAUGUAAGGACGUUA